CCGAAAAAUUGAGCAGCGUAAUUAAGAAUAAGAAUAACUGGAUCUGUGAAUAUAGCCUGGUAUCCUUCCUUGCAAAGCUCUGCCCAGCCCAAAGUCAUUCAAUUUUGUCAAUACUGGGAUCGGCUUUCGUUGUCGCCGAUAUAAUUCCCCCUUUAUCAACAUGGUAAGGUGCUAAAUUGGCGCUGGAUGAGUCCAACAGACAAUGUCGCAGUUACAGACACCAGAAGGCGACCGUUUGAACCCGGAGCGCGUGUUGUCUAGCUCAUCCCCGACUGACGAUAAUGAGCAGUCUCGCUUCACUUUCGUCCACGAGAAGAAUCAGCCGGGAGCUCUCUCUCACGCCAUGCGAGCACACUGGCAGGAGCGAAAGAGACGAAAACAGGAGGGAAAACUGCUCAAUCGAACGAUAAGGCCAUUACGCUCCAAGUCCGACUCGUCCGCCGACUUACUGACGUCUGCGUCUCGUAUUCAAAAUGAAAAGAACACAGCAAAUUCGAAAACAUAUGCUCCGCCGCAGAAUAGUGUUCAAGAUUCGAGGUUUUACGCCUUUGAUACUGGGCAUCCUAAUCCGAUCCGUGUCGACAAGCUACAACUACAAGAUACCACAAAUGAGAAGGAUCAGUCGGUAGAUGUCUCAGGCCGAGUACCAGGUGUCCCCGCGCAGCUCCUAACCGGAAUGAACUACGCUUUGAGCUCGUCGAGAUUGGACCCUUUUGACGUUUUCCCUGUAAUUCUUACGCCUGAACAUCAGAAACUGAUUCAUCACUGGCUGAUUACACACGCGACAAUGAUGUUUGGGAAGACGCCCGCGUCUGAUUUCAAUCCCAUGCGAGAUGUAUGGUUCCCCCUUGACCUCUCUAAUGCCGCUUCCUUCAAUGCGAUUAUGGCCUAUUCUGCGGCACAUCUAGCCUAUUUCUACGGCGGGACAGCGCCUACUCGCAGAACCAAUUCCUCUAAAGCUUUAAAAUACAAGUUGAACGCAAUCGAGAUAUUGAGUCAAUGGAUGAAUGACCCAGAGAAGGCAUUAAGUAACGAUGCGUUUGCGGGUUCUGUGCGACUCCUUACCUUUGAGAGAUACUGGGGCACCGAAGAAGAAUGGAAAAUUCACCGUGACGGGAUACAGCGGAUGAUAGAAGCGAGGGGGGGCCUUCACGAACUACACAGUGAUUGGAGACUAGAGCUAGUCGUCGGCCUGGUCUCGCUUAUGUCCCAGCCCUCCUGGUUUUCACCUACCAAUAACAUUUCCAGCAUCUCCUAUCCGGACUUCCUGCGCUCCACCAUUUUAGGAAUGGAUAUUGGUAUCAAACGCAUACGUUCUAUAUGGCUCAUAUCCUUCAUUCAAGACAUGCGUAACCUGAUGAGUAUGUCGUCACAUCUGUAUGGAGAUGGACUUGCAAAGUUCCCCACUCUACAUGAUGCAGUGUUACUCAUCCUAUCAAGCUUCAAAACCGAUAUCGGCUUUUCCUCACCAUCUUCUUCGAUGAAGACUCAAUACUCUAGUUCAGACUACGAUAGACUUGAAUGGCUAUUUUCGAUGUCUAUCUUAGUGCAAGAGUCGAUAACUUUAAGCUUUACUCAUCCAACGGUUGCACAAUCCGCUACCAACGAUAAUUCAAUAGCAUUGCUGGAUAUGUCCCUCUUUGCAGCUCCGAGAUCCUCAAAGACAUCCGUUCACGCUCUUCUAUCCUUCUUACGUACAUACUAUCUCAAGUUUGGUCUAUCCGGUGCCGAUAAAUUUUACUACAUCAUGCAAAUGACUGAAAUUGUUACUCAUUUGAGUCUCGAAGCUCAGCUAGGUAUUGAAAAAUGUCUGCUCAAUAUGUUUUGUAGGACGAGCGACGGAAUGAUGGUUUUUGACCCAGAUGACAGGGCUACACCAGAUUCAUUGCUAUCUUCUGUGCAUGGCCACUAAUUCCCUUCUCCCAUUUCCGUGUUCUGUGAAGCUGUGAGUCGAUAUCUUUGGCUGUGCUAGAAAAGGCCGGCAUCGGACACUUGUAUCUGCGCGUUGUCUACUUACCUGGAUUUCUUGGAUGAAUGUGAUCCGGUGUGGAUUGUAGCCUUGAGCCAUAUAAACAGUGUAGUACAAAGUUUUCUGUACAGAUAGACUAAUUCGAUGCCUUAAUAUUUUCCCAAGAUCUCAGUAUACAGCAAUGUGAAGAGAAGCAGACACUAGCAGAGAGCUCUUCAUGCUUAUGAAAUUGUACACUAGCAUGGUAUACAUAUGGUACACGGAGCGGACUUACAGGGAACUCUAAGUAUUUUUUUUAAAAAAAAAUAACAGGGCAGAAUC